AUGCGCUCGUCUCUCUGGAUCCCCUUGACGGGGCUAGCAGCAUUCGCUCAUGGAGCCAGCUUGAGUGACAUCUGCACCACCAGCUACGCCAAAACUGCCUUCCCAGCCACCGAUUACGUUCCCGGAAUCACCCUCGAUCCAUCCUCCAUCACCACCGCGCUCGUCACCAACAGCUCCGUAACGAGUGACUUCUUCCCCUCCUCCGUCAUUGAUUACUGCAACGUCACUUUCGCAUACUCGCACAAUGGCCGCGAUGACCAGGUCUAUCUUCAGAUAUGGUUGCCCGACCCGUCUGUCUUCCAGAACCGGUGGCUAUCUACUGGAGGCGGUGGUUACGCUAUCAACUCCGGAUCCAACUCCUUGCCUGGAGGCAUCAUCUACGGUGCGGCGUCUGGUCUCACGGACGGCGGCUUCGGAUCCUUCGAUACCCAAGCCGAUGCCGCCAUGCUGCUGGCCAACUACACCCUGGACUACGAGACCCUCUACAUGUUUGCAUACAAAGCACACUGGGAACUCACGAAGAUUGGCAAGGAGUUUACCCGAAAUGUCUAUAACCUGACCGAGAGCGAGAAGCUGUACGCGUACUAUCAGGGCUGCUCCGAAGGAGGUCGCGAAGGCUGGAGUCAGGUCCAGCGAUACGGAGACGAGUGGGAUGGAGCUGCCAUCGGCGCGCCAGCCUUCCGGUGGAGCUUCCAACAGACCCAACACUUGUGGAGCAACGUCGUCGAGCAGACCAUUGGCUACUACCCGCCACCCUGCGAGCUGGAGAAGAUCGUCAAUGCGACCAUUACCGCCUGCGACCCGCUCGACGGCAAGACCGACGGCGUCGUCUCACGCUCUGACCUAUGCGCCCUCAACUUCAACAUCAGCAGCCUGAUCGGCGAGCCGUACUCGUGCGCCGCCAGCGGUGGAGGCUCCUACUCGAGUGCCGUUCCCGCACAGAACGGCACUGUCUCCGCCCUGGGCGUCCAGGUCGCGCAGACGAUCCUCGACGGCGCGCACGACUCCGCCGGCAAGCGCGUGUACUUCUCCUACCAGCCGGCCGCCGCCUUCGACGACGCCGCGACGCAAUACAACUCGACGACCGGGCAAUGGGAGCUGGAAAUUGACCAGCUGGGUGGCGAGUACAUCGGCCUCCUGGUCUACGAGAACGGCACCACCCUCGACAGCCUCGCGGGCGUCACCUACGACACGCUCAAGUUCUGGAUGAUCUCCGGCCUCCAGGAAUACUUCAGCACGCUGCAGACCACCUGGCCCGACCUCACCCCCUUCCACUCCGCCGGCGGCAAGGUCAUCCAUUUCCAUGGCGAGGCCGACGCCUCCAUCCCCACGGCCUCGUCGGUCCGCUACUGGGAGUCCGUCCGCAGCGUCAUGUACCCCUCCCUUUCGUACAACGAGAGCACCGACGCCCUGAAGGAGUGGUACCGUCUCUUCUUGGUGCCUGGCGCAGCGCACUGCGCGACCAACGACGCCAUGCCCAACGGUCCCUUCCCGAACAAGAACCUGGAGAUUCUGAUCGACUGGGUGGAGAGUGGCAUCGUGCCGGUCACGCUGAACAGCACGGUGUUGCAGGGCGAGAACGAGGGCCAGGAGCAGCAGAUCUGCGCGUGGCCGCUGCGGCCGCUGUGGAACGGCGACGAGAUGGAGUGUGUUUACGAUCAAGCGUCGAUUGAUACUUGGCAUUACGAUUUGGAUGCCGUGCCGAUUCCGGUUUACUAG